ACCCGCCUGAGGAGGUGACGGAGUGCCGUGUCGCCCAGAGGCGGUGAAGCACAUGAGGAGGAGUGCGUCGGCUGCUGCGGGACAUGGCCCAGCGACCGUGGCGCAGGACGGGGAUGAAGCCGCCAGCCCCAGCAGCUCUGGGGGUGCUGCUGGCCCUGGCCCUGCUGGCUCUCAUCCACCUGCCCCCUCCCCCGGAGCACUCCCCGCUCCCGCUGCCGGCCUCGUCCCCCCCGGGGCCCCCCAGGGAGGCGGCUGCUCCCCCGGCUGCAGGACAAGCCCUCAGGAAAAGGCUCCCCAAGCCCCGCACGGGCCUGCGGCAGGAGCAGGGCCCUGGCCGCAGCAGGAGGGGCAUGGAGGGGGGCACUGCCCCAUGGCUCUCUGCUGACGACCUCCAGAAGAUGUGGCUGCUGUCCCGUGGGCAGGUGGUGUCCAAAGCCCGUGUCCCUGCCCACGGGCAGGUCAUGCGAGUGCGGCUGGGUGCCAAGGGGGAUGCCAGGGGAGAUGCCAAGGGGGACGUCUCGGCAGCCAGCCCGGAAGGAGACUGCCAGGACGGGCGCUGUGGGCUCAUCAAGCGGCCCGGGGACCUGUACGAGGUGCUGGCCUUCCACCUGGACCGGGUGCUGGGGCUGAACCGCAGCCUGCCCGCCGUGGCCCGGCGCUUCGGCAGCCGCCUCCUGCCCUACAGCUACACCGACGGCGCCCCGCGCCCCAUCGUCUGGUGGGCCCCUGACCUCCAGCACCUGGAGGAUGCCAACAACGACCAGAACUCCUGUGCCCUGGGAUGGCUGCAGUACCAGGAGAUGCUGAAGCCCCACAGACUGGUGGCCAGGGAUGCUCCCUGCUCCAGCAUCCCACACAGCGAGUGGAGCCGCCUGGCCCUCUUUGACUUUCUUCUCCAGGUUCAUGACCGCCUGGACCGCUACUGCUGUGGGUUUCAGCCUGAUCCCUCUGAGCCCUGCGUGGAGGAGAUGCUCCAUGAGAAGUGCCGGAAUCCAGCAGAGCUGGUCCUGGUACACAUCCUGGUCCGGAGGAGCGCUCCAUCCCGCCUGGUGUUCAUUGACAAUGCAGGCAGGCCACAGCACCCUGAGGAGAAGCUCAACUUCAGGCUCCUGCAAGGUAUAGAGAGCUUCCCUGCGGUGGCGGUGGCCACGCUGCGGUCAGGCAGGUUGCAGAGCCUGCUGCUGCGGUCCCUGCGCCUGGACCGGGAGCUCUGGGAGAGCCAGGGUGGUGCCGAGGGGCUGAGAGCCCUGCUCCAGACCAUCGACAGGCGGGCACAGAUCCUGCUCCGCCACAUCCAGGAGCACAACCUGACGGUGUUUGAGGACUCGCCGCGCUGAACCGACCACAGGGCCUGCCUCGCAGAUCCCAGCAGCCAUGGAUGCACCUCGUGCCCUCGGCAUGGACGCUGUGAGGCUCUGUGCCGGUGCUGGCUCUCCACAAGGUGCUUCCUCUCGUCUUAUAAGAUGAUCUGGAGAAGCAGAUGGAAUCACAGGGAGCAGGAAAGGUGGGGAGGAGAUGUCUUCUAAGACAACCCGCAACUGCUUGAGAAAGGCAACAGUGAUCAAGUUAGGACUGUUAUCCAUCUCAGCAUGGAUUUUCAAAGGAAGGGCACAUUUGUGAGGUUUUUUUGGGUGCCUUCAUUCACACGUACGCAAAUACACACACAGCAACUAUGAAAACUGGAGGCUUGGACAGUUGAACAAAGACCUUGGAAAGCGUUAAAGAAGCAGUGGAAGAAGUCACUGGCAUUUCCAUGACUUUCCAUGACUGGGCUUUUUGAUGAUGCCUUCACUACUUCCAAAACAUUCCAGACAGAGAGGUAGGGGGAAAGCAGAGGGGAGCUUUCUAAGUGGAUUAAACCAAGACAAGAUGCUAGAGCUGAACCUCUGCCUUUUCCCCUGCAGAAGAGGUGAUGUGUGCCUGGGAGUGAGGGUGAGCCACUGCCAGAAGCUGAGACUAGGCAGGACCUUGGAGCUCAGCAGCACUGGGCAGCAGCUGCGCUCACAUAGCCUAUGGUACCAUCCCCAUGAGAGCCACAUGCUCUGUCGCAUAUGCCAUGAUCCAUGCAUGUGCCUUGGCGGGCCUGGGCUGCUGCCAAUGCUCUCAAUGUUGGAUUUGAAGAUUUGAAUCUCUCAUUCACUCUUUCCCUUCACUGUCAGGGGAUUAAAGGCAAAACUACCCCACUUCUGAAAAACACUCCUGGCUGCUCUCUUGGGCAUGACUGCAUGUAACUCUUCCCCAGGCUUGCAGAAAUAUGUUUUAACAAAAAUGCCAAGCUGUUUUAGCAGAAGGCAGUCAAGUGCAAAAUGCUUUCUGAGCAUGCUGGCACCUCCGGCAGAGCCCAUCCUGUUCCUGUCACCCCUCAGGCUCUUGCCCAGCAGCCCACUCUGAUGAAGCACAGCAGCAUCCCAGUUAGGCAGGUCUUCAAGUGGCAGGGCUGAGAGAUAAUUCAAAAUCAAAAUUAACAGGAGGAAAAAAGAUGCAGGGAUGGGCUCCAUCAUUCCCCUCAGUGUGUUUCCCAGCUGAGGCAUGCCUGGAGCAGCCAGUUCCUGGCCUGUGGGUUUAUGGUUUGCCACCAGAAGGCUUUUUAAAGGUCUCCAUUUCUCCAGUGUUACAGACAGAGCAUCCGUGCUUCAGGCACUCCAAUUCACUUGAGCCUUUGGAAAGUCCCAGUGAGAUUGGCAUGGGUACCCAGCUGCACCAUGGUGCAGCUGUCACAUUGCAAUAGCUUGAGAACAAGGAGAACAAGGCCACCCAUGUAGUGGGAGAGGAAAAGCUGGGUAUGGAUACCUUCCCUGCUCCAUCCUUCUCAGCACUAUGUCAGUUUGAGAACCUGCAAAGGGAUGCUUUAACACCCAUGCUGAUAACACAGACAAUUACCUUUUUUUCCCCUUUUGCCUCUUGUUGAAGAGAGGAUGAAGUGAGAUGUGGGUGACAUGAAUCAACAAGCAAGGACGAGUGCUCUCAAGAAGCAUCAGCACUCAGCAUCACAGGCACAGCAGCAUCCAAAGUGCCAUCAGCUUGUUCCUGGAGUCCUGCCCUCCAAUUAACCAGGGAGAGCCUUUCCCCCAGCACUCUUCCACCUCGUGAAUUAUCACCCCAUUUGCUGUGCCAUGAUAUGGAUGACGGUCAUGGAAACCCUGCUAAAGCCUGAAUCAUGGGGAUUUAUUACUGGGAGGUGAGCUUAGCUUGUAAGCUUGAAAGAGAACAAAAUAACUCACCCUGGGUCUUAUGAAAAGCCAUACCCAGGCAUGGCUUUGUAAGAGUAAAGGAUACUAAAUGUAACAUAAUUAAAUCCAAAAAAUAUGCUGGGAAAAACUGUGAGGUAACAAGACCAUUAGGUAUGAUGUACAGCAUCAAUCAGGGUCUUUAUUUUUCUCAUUAAAGUGAGAAAUUUCAUUAAAGGAGAGGUUUUCUUCCCAUGUAAGCCAAGUUCUCAGUAAGAAUUAAGAGACAUGUGGGGGCUCUCUGCAGUGGCCAAAGCUGUGCUCAUUGCUGAGCUGCACCAGUAGCUUUUGCCUUACCUCUGAUUGCAUCUGCUUGACCUUAACAUUGCACAAGGUAGUGGUUUUUUCUUUUGCAUUUCUUUAGUUGUAAUGUGAGUUUGCUGGCUAAACACAUGUGGGAACAUCUGGAAGCAGUUGUACAUAUG